AAACGGCACAGGGACUGAGGUCAUUCAGACAGCGGGUGUAUGAACAAAAGACACCAUGGCAACUGCUUCAGAAAAGAAUGUGGAGUUUGUGCGAACAGGCUACGGCAAGAACACGGUGAAAGUGCUGGUCAUCAGGAGACAGGGAAGCCACCACUCCAUCAUCGAGCUCAAAGCCGACGUGGAGCUUACACUCAAAUCACGCAAGGAUUAUCUAACCGGAGACAACUCAGACAUCAUCCCCACCGACACCAUCAAGAACACAGUCCAUGCCUUGGCCAAGCUCAGGGGGGUAAAGACCAUCGAGCAGUUUUCCCUGGAUAUCUGUAGUCACUUCCUGACCUCUUUCAACCAUGUGCUGAGGGCCAAGGUUUACAUGGAGGAGGCUCCGUGGAGAAGGCUGGAGAAGAACGGGGUAGAACACGCUCAUGCGUUCAUCUUCAGCCCAGAGGCUUGUCGCUUCUGCGAUGUUGAACAGAAUCUCCAUGGCAUCCCGGUGGUUCAUACUGGGGUGAAGAACAUGACGGUGCUGAAGACCACCCAGUCUGGUUUUGAGGGUUUCCUCCGAGACCGCUUCACUACUCUGCAAGAGACCAAAGACAGGUGUUUCUGCACCUCUGUCUAUGCUAGGUGGCGCUACAACAAGGUUCAGGAUGUCAACUUUGACGCUGCAUGGAAGUGCGUGAAGGAGACAAUUAUUGAGAAGUUUGCUGGUCCCUACGGUCGUGGAGAGUUCUCACCUUCUGUGCAGAAGACCCUUUAUGACACACAGCUUCUGGUCCUGGACAGAGUUCCUGAGGUGGAUGAAAUAGAGAUCGUCAUGCCCAACCAGCAUUACUUUACCAUAGACAUGACAAAAAUGGGCCUCACCAACAAAGAUGAAGUACUCCUUCCCCUGGAUAACCCCUCAGGGAACAUCACGGGGACAGUACGCAGGAAACAGCAAGCGAAGCUGUGAAGGCACAGAGACGAAUCCAGAAAACGCGGCUGCCGUGAUCAACAUAUCAACAUUAAUAAGCUUGACAAGUCAAUGUCACAUCACAUUGACUAACCAUGAAAAAAAAAUUACCUUUUAAAUUGUUUUGUAAGGAUCAUAACUAAUGAUUUCCUAAUCAUGAUUAAAGUGUUUGAGCUUGUAAGGUGAAUAUGUAAGUAAAUAAAAUUAAA